UUGGCUAUGAUUAUCAACUCCGAUGAGGGCAAGACCACCACUCUCGAAGUGCUCAGGAAAGGUGACACACUGGAAAGAAAGUUCGCCACCAAGUCCGAGAUGGAGGAUACCAUUAUGUACUUGCUCAAACACGCCUGGCUGGAGAAGGAUGAUAAGCUGAAUCUCAUCCUGGGUGCACGUUCGCAUAUGGAAAUGUCGGUUUGGAUCCGAAGCAAUCUUAACAGUCCUGAUGCGAAAAAAUGUGGUCUCUGCAAACACAUGGCCAUUCUG